AUGGGGAGCAUUCGACCUGAAUUCAGAGGUGUCGAAGCGUCACGCCCCAAGUGGCGGCAAGACGCGCAAUGGCAGUUCACACAAACAGCAGACCCGGGCUGGAGGCCAGGAGACGGUGCUAACGACGGUGGUGCAUGGAAAGAUCACAAGCAAAUCGACAUUGCGCCGUACGAAAACGGCCGCGCAGCAACUCUGAACUACAAGCUUCUCGUCUCAACGUUCAUCCCUCGUCCAAUUGCCUUCGUGAGCACAAGAAGUAAGGAUGGGAGCACAACAAAUCUCGCUCCUUUUUCAUACGCACAGAUGAUGACACACGAUCCACCACUCUUCGUCAUUGGCUUCACUGGCGGCUUUGCUACUUCUAAAGACACUCUCAAGAAUCUGCUAGAGAGCCAAGAAUGCACCAUCAACAUCGUAUCAGAGCACUUUCUCGAAGCAGCCAACGCAGCAGGCACCGUCGCGCCAUAUGGUGUCUCGGAAUGGGCUUUCACGGGUCUCACACCAGCGCCGAGCAAGGACGUCAAAGCCGAACGAGUUGCCGAGGCAAUCUUCAGUAUAGAGGGCAAGCUGGUGGACGCCAAAGAAGUUGAUUCACGGGCCAACCCAGGGCAAAAAUCUGCUUCCCUGGUCACUAUUGAGGGAGUAAGAUUCUGGGCUCGAGAGGAUGCUAUCAACGAGGAUAAGAGUUUCAUUGACCCCAACAUUCUUAGGCCAAUGGCAAGACUAGGCGGCAUUACUUAUGGCCGAAUCUUGGAGGCCAUAGAGCUUCCUCGGCCUGAAUGGAAGACGUUUGAGCAGGAUGUCAAGGAGGCCGGUCUGUACAAGUCGAAGUUGGACUCACAGUAG